AUGGAAAAGCUACAAAAGAUGAUCUCCGAGAAGUCAGUAGUGAUCUUUAGCAAGAACUCGUGCUGCAUGUCUCACACAAUCAAGACUCUCUUCUUAGACUUUGGUGUAAACCCGACGAUCUAUGAGUUAGACGAGAUCAACAGAGGAAAUGAGAUAGAGCAAGCAUUGGCUCAGAUCGGCUGCAGCCCCACUGUGCCGGCGGUUUUCAUAGGAGGUCAGCUCGUUGGUGGAGCCAAUCAAGUCAUGAGUCUUCAUCUCAAUCGCUCUCUACUUCCAAUGCUUAAGCGGGUUGGGGCGUUAUGGCUUUGAUUAAAUAUAGAGAUGUACUUACUUAGAGGAUGAUUAGUUAUGAUUGUAGAUGCUCUCUACAGCUUUAUCAAUAUGUUCUCCUCUCACGUAUACUAAUGUUGAAGUUGCAUCAGUUGUAUGAUAUAUAUCCUUUAGUUUUCC